CCGCUCUCUGGUCCCCGGGUUGGGUGACCGAAGGCCGGGCCAGGGGGACUUGGGGGAGUCCUGCCGCUCUCUGGUCCCCGGGUUGGGCGCCCGAAGGCCGGGCCAGGGGGACUUGGGGGAGUCCUGCCGCUCUCUGGUCCCCGGGUUGGGCGCGGGCUGGAAGAUUUUAGCGGUUUGGUGUCACAAUGCUGCGCGUGGUGAGCUGGAACAUUAAUGGGAUUCGGAGCCCUCUGCAAGCGGAGGAGCCCAACAGCUGUACCACCAUGGCCAUGGCGCGCGUUUUGGACAAGCUGGGUGCUGACAUCCUCUGUCUUCAGGAGACUAAAGUUACCAGGGAUGCACUGACAGAGCCCCUGGCUAUCAUUGAGGGCUAUAACUCCUAUUUCAGCUUCAGCCGCAACCGGAGUGGCUAUUCCGGUGUAGCCACCUUCUGUAAGGACGGCGCCACCCCAGUGGCUGCUGAAGAAGGCCUGAGUGGCCUCCUUGCCUCUCAGAAUGGGGACGUGGGUUGCUAUGGAAACACGGAUGAGUUCAGCCAAGAGGAGCUUCGGGCUCUGGAUAAUGAGGGCCGGGCCCUUCUUACUCAGCACAAGAUCCGCACCUGGGAUGGUAAGGAGAAGAUCUUGACCAUAAUCAACGUGUAUUGCCCCCAUGCUGACCCUGGGAGGCCUGAGCGGCUGACCUUUAAGAUGCGCUUCUAUCGCUUGCUGCAGAUCCGAGCAGAAGCCCUCCUGGCAGCUGGCAGCCAUGUGAUCAUUCUGGGUGACUUGAACACAGCGCACCGCCCCAUUGACCAUUGGGAUGCAGUCAACCUGGAAUGCUUUGAAGAGGACCCAGGACGCAAGUGGCUGGACGGCCUGCUCAGUAAGCUGGAUUGCCAGGGUGGGUCCCACGUAGGGGCUUUUAUUGAUACCUACCGCUGCUUCCAUCCAAAGCAGGAGAGGGCCUUUACCUGCUGGUCAACAAUCACUGGCGCCCGCCGCCUGAACUAUGGCUCCCGGAUUGACUAUGUGCUGGGAGACAGGACUCUGGUUAUAGACACCUUACAGGACUCCUUCCUGCUGCCUGAGGUGAUGGGCUCUGACCAUUGCCCCGUGGGUGCAGUCUUGAACGUGUCUUCUGUGCCAGCAAAACAAUGCCCUCCUCUUUGCACUCGCUUCCUCCCUGAGUUUUCAGGCACCCAGCUCAAGAUCCUUCAUUUCCUAGUCCAUCCCAAACAAGAGCCUGUGUCCAAGCAGUCAGUGCUGCAGCUCAGCAAUCAAACCCAGGGACAGAUGCGCCAAAACAAAGCCCAUGUGCGCUCGAUCAGGCCUCGGCCAAGUCGGGCUGGCUCCAGCAAAGGCCAAAAAAAACUGAUUAACUACUUCCAGCCAUCCUCCAGCCGUCUCCAAGCUUCUACCAAUUUGGAGCUUCCUAACCUGCAUGCCCUUGUGACUCCAAAGAUCCCAGAAGACAAGGUGAUGGGCAAAGGGGUAGAGGGGCAGGCCAAGGAUGCAGAGGCCAAGGAUGAGAAGGAGCUACGGACCUCAUUCUGGAAGUCUGUGCUGGGGGGUCCCUUGCCCAUGCCGCUCUGUGGGGGCCAUGGGGAGCCAUGUGUGAUGCGAACUGUGAAGAAGGCAGGACCCAACCAGGGCCGCCACUUCUACAUGUGUUCCAGGCCCCGGGGGCCUUCCACUGACCCCUCUUCUCGCUGUAACUUCUUCCUCUGGAGCAGGCCCAGCUGAGCCCACCCAGGCAAGGGAUAUCUGGCCUGGUCAGCCGUGUACAUGAACUGAGGCCAACACCUUCCUAAGCUGUCACCUCCUCCCUCAAGGCCUCCUUCCCCACCCCCUCCUCCUCCUUCACCUUCCUCAGGGAUCCUUCUGUUUCUUCUUUCUCUUCCUCCUCUAAGGCCUCUCUCCUCUCUCUUCCAGCCUUGCUCCUCAUUGGUGAGCUACUUGUGCCUUAAUUCUGCACCCCACUCCUCCGCCCCAAUUUCCACCUUCCUGUAAGAAGUACACAGGAACCAGUUGCUCCAGGAACUUUUAAGACCCUUUCCUUCCUUGCUAGGCAAUGUAUCUGCCUCAAUAAAGUCUGUGUCUUUGUUUUAGUGCA